ACCGGAGGCGCAACUUCCGUACUAAACAUUUCCCCGCGCGUUGAGUACUAACGUCCAAAUGCAGAAUGAUGCCAGGCUGGACUUACAGUGACUUUAUGGAGCCUGGCCCGUCCAGCGUCGUCAAUAACAUGUCAAAGACCGACAUUCUGAGAGGAGUUAUCACGGAGAAGCUGACCACAGCUGCUCGGGAGAUCCUAGCUGUGAUGGAGAAGACCAUAGCCGACUACGAAGAGGAGGCCUCGGCGUUCAGACAAGAAAUCAAUCGGCAGAGGAGUCAUCUGGAGAUCCUACUUCCUGUGAUAAAAAUAGAGCCGGCAGACGACCAGCAGUUCCCUGUUUGUGAAGCUGGAGGAUCUGAAGUACCCAAAGAGGAGCCGCUCAGAUAUGAACUGAGGGUGGAGGACAGUCAAAGUCUGGGAAUCUGCAACACUGAGGAGCCGAUGGAGGAGGAUGACCAUGAAGAAACAGCGGAGGAACAGAUCAUGGAGCAGGAGACAGAAACAAGCUUGUCGGCUCCAGAGACGCCGUCCCACAGAAAGAGUGUCAGCAGAUCUCAGAUCAGCGAUCAGGAUCACAUCGUUCUCAAGAUUUGCAUCUUGGAGGACUCAACGAUUGAGGUGCUUUCCAAAGCAGUUUAUAAGAAGUACCCACUUCAUAAGCUCAAGUGUCCUUGUGGACUUCAGGAGGCGGACUUUGUGAACCUGCUCAAGUCCACUUUCCCUCAGCUGGCUGAUGAUAGACCCUAUGAUCUCUUCAAGACCAGCUGGGCCAAGAAGCUGCAGCCUCUGGAAGUAGAGACCUUCACACCAGAGGAGGUUUCCAUGACAGCCGGGACAUCUUCCAUCUACAUCCGACUGAAGGUAACACGUCUCGUUCAUGGAGCUGUGUGGAAGAUUCUGGGCCCGUUCAGCACCCUGGUCCUGGUUCUGGUUCUGCAACAUGUAAACAGAGAAAUCGUGUUGUUGGUUCACUAUUGUGACAAACACAAAGUUUAAUGUCACUUAAGAAACAAAGUUCAUCUCAGCCUACAGGGAAGCUGCAGGCCAGACAGGAGGAACCUCUGCAGAAGAGUGAGGAGGAG